CAAAAUUUAAAUUUUGUGUAAUAUAAUUAAAUAAUUAAUGUCUGAAGAUAUGUAGGAAGGUGUGAAAGAAGGAUAGCAAUAGCAUACAGACAGAAAAAUUGAUUAAGAUAGAAUAUUUGUAAGACAAGUGUUUUGUUAAUGUUACUCAAACGAUGAGAUAGCAGCAGAAAGAGGACUUAACUGGUAUGAAUCCUUGCCAGCUGUAGCUAUGGAUUAUAAAAUUCAUAUCGAUGCAGGAAAAGAAGACUGUUAUCACCAAUACGUAGCACCUGGAGCAACAUUUUAUGUAUCCAUGCAAGUGAUUCGUGGUGGUGAUGGUAUGGCAGGAUUCGCUGUUAGACAUCCUUCUGGACAGAUGGUGCAUCCUUAUCAAUGGCAAGCGCAAUCAGAUUAUACUGACGGGCAAUCAACAGGCGGUUAUUACAGUAUUUGUAUCGACAACCAAUUUUCGAGAUUUGCCAGUAAGCUUGUCAACAUUUACAUAACUGUCGUGAAAUAUGAUGACUGGGAGAAGUUUACAAAAGAGAUUGAAGAUAUGAAUUUGAACAUAAAUAAUUUCACACAAAUCAUUCAAACAGUAGAUUCAAAUGUUAAUCUUAUGGCUCAAUAUCAAGCACAUUCUCGAGCGAGAGAGUCAAGAGACUACGCUCUAAUUAAGGACAAUAAUUAUUAUGUUGGGACAUGGUCAAUGGUUCAAAUAUUGGUCAUUGUUAUCACUACUUGCGUGCAAGUUUAUUUUGUUAGAAAGUUAUUUGACAUCAAAUCAAAUGGUUAUUCUCGAAAUCGAAUAUAAAUACCCUAGAAAACGAACACAUUAUGAUGGGUUGAGAAAUUCAGAAACUAUAUCGAACAAAAAAAAACUUCAUUCGCUGCUUUAAAAAUUUAAUUUUAUAUUUAAUAUCUAUUAUUAAAGCGUCUUGAACAAAAAUAAAAACUUCAUUCCUUUUACAAAAA